AUGUCCUUGGACGGUAAUCAAGACAUACAGACGGGCGGUAAGCAGAGUGCAGGAAGGGAACCGACCACACAACAGGAAGCCACACUAGUCGUACCGCUUGGCGGUAGCGCGACAGCCACCUCGACCGACAAUCUGCUCGGCGACAGUCGCUCGAUGGCGCCACCGAACGGCCAGAACGUCGUGUCACCGUCCGUGAUGGCCAAGUUCCUGGAGGAUGAGCUGAAGUCGAGCGACGCACUGCUCGACACACCGAUCAAACACUGUGAUACGUGCGUGUGCACACACGGCACCGGUAUAGCCGGUAUGGGCGAAACCCGUCUGCCCAAUUCCGGCUCGCUACUGCUCGCCGAUCUGCUCGGCAGCGAGCAGAAGUACUACAGUGUCGCCACGCAAACGCUCAUCAAGGGUGAAGCGAACAACACGCUCUGCCUGCGGUGCAGCAGCAACCUGAACUCACCGUCCCACAACAACAGCCCGUACAUGAUGAAGUUGAUCAAGUCGAGUGACAGCGUCAUCUCGGAAACGAAAAGCAGCGUGUCCGACUACCUAACCACACCGGACAAGGUGUCACCGACGGGCAGUGGCGGCCCGGGCGGUACGAACGGAACCGCUCUACCCAACUGUGAUAUCGGUCCGGGGGGCGAUGGCGAUACGUCCGAACCGCUCGCACUGCUAGUGUCCACGAAGAAGGACGACCUGAUGGUAAACCCCAUACUGGGCCACCAUCGAAUCGCGGCCGAUCGAACCGCUUCACUCACAUCGAACACGGCGGAUCAUCAUCAGCAGCUGCAGCAGCAACACAGCAAGCUUGCGGCUAAGCUACCGGCCACCCAGCAGCCUGCCAAGAAGCUGGGAAUGGCCGGCGACAGUUCCUUCAAACCGUCCAAGCCACCGGUUUGUGGCGGUGUCGGUGCCGGACAGAUGACUCCACUGCUCAAUCGUGCCGAUCCCACGCUGUCGGCGGCACAGCAGCCAAAGUUCUCGCACGAUUCGCCCUCGUACAUCAUCAAGGAUACGGAUCAGAUGAGCGGUAGCCAUGCCACACCCAUCUCGUCCACCGGGAACGGGGCUUUGGGCCAGCCGGGCAAGUACGGCACGUCGGCAAACGGUAGCGUGGGUAGUGGUUUGUACCACACUGUGGGAAGCACUAACAGCUUGUGGAGCAGAACGAGCAGCAAGGACCCGGAGAAGGACGGUGCGAAGAUGUUUGAGAUCUUCAAUCGAAAUCUCAUCAAAACCAUCAAGGCUGAAAAUCCCAAAAUGUCUGGUCCGCGUAUCUGCGCAUUGCGGAUACAGAACGGUUCGAGCAACAUCCUGCUGGACAACCUGGUGGACGAUAGCCUCGAAGGGCUCGACUCAAAGCCCCCGACACCGGUGAUGUACACGCGCCGUGCCAAGUUCCUGGACGAGGAGCUGCUGCUGGACGAUGAUCCUUCGAUUGGGUUGAACGGUGCCAUCAAAACGACUAACCUGCCGACGGCUACGUCUUCCGCCGAUUCCAUACCGCCGGCAGGAUUCAACAAACCGAUGGUGACCCCAAGCAAAUCGGCCAUCGGAGGUGGAGGAGGAGGAGUUCCAUCUGGGUCGGGUGGCGCCGGUGAGGCCGGAACGGAUGGGCACGGAAAUCUGAUCAGUGGAACCAUCAAUCGUGUCGAUGAGGGUGGCGGCGGUGAUGAGGGUGGUGUAGGUACGCCUGGUAACAAGCAGGUGUGUAAUAUGAGCACCACCACCUCGCCCCACUCAUCCGAUCGGCUGUGUACGAUCGGAGAGGAGGUUAGCAAUCUGCUGAUGAACACCAAGCUCGGAACGUCGACGUUGCCGAAACCGCGGCUCGACAUCAACGUGAACAAGCUGGACGGUAUUGACGUGACGUCGAAGAAAUCCUGCACCCAGUCCAGUUCGAUCUCGAGCGAAAUCGACAUCCAGGAGAGUGCCAUACUGCGGCGCCAACAGUUGUCCCGCGUUGCCGAGUGGGUGCAGAACAAUUCCAAGCUCGGAAACGCCGAACCGCUGAGCAACACCGAGUCGGACAACGAGCCAACGGCCAACGGGCACGCGAUAACGGACAGCUUGAACAACAACGCUCUCACAGCGGGUGCUGCCAAGGCUUCCAUCAGAACAUUCGUCCUCGCGGGUGGCACGGGUGGCUGUGAAAGCAAGCAGCCGGCGGGUAGCGAUAUGAAAGUGGGACGCCAUUUGCAUUCGUACGGCUCCUCCGUCGGUAGCAAUCUGCUCAACAACAAUGGGCUCGGUACGGCCGGGUACGGCAGCUCAUCCUUUGCUCAACACACCGGCCCGAACGCGCCCAAACCGGGCGGUGGCGUCAAGCAUGGUUACAACAACAACCUUAGCAGCACGUUGAACGGUACGGCCGGUCCAUCCGUGCUGGACUACAACAGCAAUGCGACCACCGUCACCAGCGGCAGUGCCGGGCUGGGUGCGAUCCGGAAGGGUAGCACCGUGCUGCGGGACAGUGCUGCGCUUACCGAGUGCCUCAUGGAUGAAGCGGGCCGACUGUCGGCGGAACCCGACCCGGCCGAUCCGGAUGACGACAGUAGCAGCGUGGAUCUGGCGCAGAUGGAGUACAACGUGAAGCAGUUUCUGCUGAAGCAGAACGAAUGGUCCACCGUGCAUACCCGGCGGCAGUCGCUGAUUUCAUCGUCCGCGUCCAGCGUGAAGGGUCGCUGCGAGGAUCCACCGCGACCGGUGCGGGAUCCUUGCAAGGGUCUCUUUCCCGGAAUGGCCGUUGCGCAGUCGACUGCACCAUACCUUCACAAGUACCCGAUCAAUCCGCACCGAACGGAGACGAAUCUGUAAAAAAAAAUAAAUAAAAAUGGCCGUUGACACACACACAGAAGAGAAAAUGGCAAACAAAGCAAACAACCUACCACGGUACACAAUGGAAAGGACACGCUCGCACAAAGAUGCUGCCCCACGUGGGAAUCAGAGCUUCGGAUAGUUAAAAGGAUACAUAUACCGAACGUUGCUUACAAUUGUUGAUCGCGUAGUCGCUAGGUAUGUAACAGUAGAAAAUGAUAAGCCACACUCGCACACACACCCCCCCCCCCCCUCGCCAAGAUCGCCCAUUGGGGUUGGCUUGGUGGAGAGCGGGACAGCACCCGGUAACAAAUUACCGCACAAAAGAAAAGAAGAAAAAAAAACAAUACACGCUAGGGCUUAGUUGAUAAACUUAGUUUAGUGACAUCAGCUGUAAAGGGAAUCAAAGUGCUCAUUUAUGUUUAGAAUGUAAUCGCCAAAGUUCGCGUGUAGUCAAAUGUCAAAUGUCACCUUUUGUCCGCCUUGACGGCAUCGGAACACCCCCCGGGUGCGUGCAAGCGUGGAGCUGAAAAGAGUCUGAGAAACAAUUUCCCGGGUUUUUUGUUGUUGCCAUUUUGAUAUUUUUCUUUUACUUUUUCAUAAAAAAAAACAAGGGCUUAUUUGAUAACGUGAAGCACAUUUAUUAUGCUUUGUACAUUGAAUUGACCCAAAAACGAUAGGAAUAGUGUAAUGGCUCGUAUAUUUUUAUAGUACCAUUCGUCUGCUAAACGAAACACGUUUCGCGUGUGUUGCUGCAUGUGCAUCCUGGAUAAGUUAAUCAAAAAAAAAGAAGACACACAGACAGACAGAACUGCUAGUGAUAGGGGCGCAUUGAAGGCAAAACCCAGAUGAUCGCCAUAGAAUAAUCAAUCAAUUUAUGAUGCUUUCCACCCACCAUCGAUUAAUCGAGCUGAGUUCCUUCGGUAGCUUCCAACGGUGGAAGUGACGAGAAUUAAUGACACGAUAGGGAAGGAUGUAUUAUGUAUUAAUCUGUUGGCUUAGAGUGAAGAAAUCUGAACGGUGAUCUGAGGAAGGACGGCUCCCUGCGAGAACCGGGAGUAAUGACACUAACCAUGUAACCAUGCCUUUUUUCCGGUGGUCGAGAAAGCAGGAAGCAAAGAAUAGAAAUGGAAGGAUAUUUAUUCCCCCCCACACACACACACACUAUAUAUAUAUAUGCGGCAGGACAUCGGGCGAGUAGGCAGGUCGUUAUAUUCCCCAAUAAAGCAGAAGCAACAAAACACCCCAAAACCACCACAUAUUUAAAAACUACCCAACCCCGUACUAAUAAUCGUAUUCCCAUUUAGUGCAAAUCGCGCAUGGACGCGUCAUGGAAAAAAGGGUGGAACUUUCGUCCGUGGUGUAGUUACACCAGUAGCAGUCAAGUGUUCCUAGCUGGAAAAAAAGGAAUGAAC